AUGGCUUCUCGAGCUCACUAUGCAGUACACUGGUACUUGGAGGAGAUUGGAGCUCGCGUUGUGGCGAAGACCGGGAUCCCUUCAGAUAGACAUCAUCUUGGGAAGCUUAUGCUGCAUAGCCUGCAAGAUGAUCCCGACUUUAUUUUACAGAUCGAUGGAGCGACAGGUGAAUCAGAAACCUUCGGCUCAGCUUUAGACAGGAGCAUCCGAUGCGCUGUCUCUCUCACCAACAUGGGGCUGAAGAAAGGCGACGUCAUGGUGUUGAUGGGUCCAAACCACUUAGACUUCUGUGUACCACAUAAUGCGGCUUUAUACCUUGGAAUCAUGGUGGCAUCAAUUGACGCUACUUUGGGAGUUAAUGAACUUACACAAGUAUUUAAAACCAAUCAACCGAAGAUAAUUUUCUGUCAAAGCGAGAAGACUGGAAAUGUUGACGCAGCACUUAAAAUGUUAAACAUGGAUACCAAGGUUGUGACAUUUAAUGAAGAUAGUCACCAUACGACACUCGCACAUCUUCUGAAGGCUGAUGAAGAAGCCGUUAAGAACUUCAAGCCAACAGACUUCGAUCCAGCAGAUACCGUAGCAUAUUUGACCUCAACCAGUGGUACCACUGGAGUACCAAAAACUGCUAUGCUGACUCAUAAGAACCUGAAUUUAGGAACUAGUUAUCUCUGGAUAGAAUUCUCCAAGUUUCCAACACCAACCAGAAUGGCGAUAGUGACAUCGCCAGCUCAGUGGCUCUCAGCUGGGUUCCACUACCUCUUCUCUGCGAUCUUAAAGUAUACUCGAUUGCAGACAUCAGCAACUGUCACGCCAGAACAUUUUGGUGAACUUGUCAAUAAAUAUAAGCCCACUUACAUUCUCAUCAGUCCUACACUUAUGACGACAAUGAUGUCAAAAGCGAAAUGUGACUUCAACUGCUUUGAAAACAUACAUUUUGGUGGCAGUGCUGUUACGCAGGAGCUCCUAGCAGAAGUAAAGGCAAGUAUAUAUUCUUCUAUUUAA